AUUAAACCCAAAAUCAUUUCAAAAUCCCCGGUCAUAUCCGAAGUCGCUUAUGCUUCCCGCCCUCACAUCACAUAAACACAUACAAAUAUUCUGUUUCCCUUUAAAACCCUUUUCUUUUUCUUAUGAGCUUUUUCCUCACAUUUUCGUAUUCAUUUGAUCAUUUCCUCUUCGAUUCUCAACAGCAGAUUUAAGCUGAAUUCGGGUUUUUUUCCCCAUAAUAUUUCAGAAUGAACGGAGAUAAUUUUACAGACGGAAUACCCAAAUUCCGUUCAAUUUUGGGUGACAUUACAAAUCGAGCAGUUAAAAGGGGGUUUUCGUCAAUUUCGGAUAAUGUAGGGUUUAAUUCCAAAGAAGAAGCAAGCUACCGAUUUACAAAACAAGUUUGUUUAGGAGAAGAAAAUUCGAUCAAAGAGAAUCCUAAAACCCCCCAAUUUGAACCAAACCCUAAUACUUCUUCUACUUGUAGUGGGGAAACUGACACAUCCAAAGAGGGUUUGGUGCCGGUUAAUGAGAAAGUUAGCGAGGUUAUAGAACGGUUUGAUUUGUCUGAUAGUGACGAUAGAUUAGAUCAAGGUGAAGGCAUUACACAAGCAAGGGGCACAUUGGAUGAUAGUUGUAGGAAUGAUAGUAAGGAUCUUGGCGUUGGUAGACUAGCGUCGAGUGAAGGUGGCUGUGUCGAGUGGUUAAGGUUGCCUAAGUCUUCGUCGCAAGGUUUUCGAUCAUUUGAGCUGGAGAGGUGCGUGGGACUCAAGAAUGAUGGUUCUAAUUUGAAUGCUGGUGCUGAUAUGCUCAAAGCUUGCUCUUGUUCUUUUUGCUUGAAAGCUGCUUAUAUUUGGUCGGACCUUCAUUAUCAAGAUACCAAGGGUCGAAUAGCUGUUUUGAAGAGAAGUCAGAAAGAAGCAAGCAUUUUGGUUCAGAAAAGUUGCAGUGGGAAAGAAACUGACAUUCAAAACCUGGGAAAUCCCAAUAAAUCUUCAAAAUUAGAAUCUGAUCUCACAAGUCAGUGGAGAUCACUCUUUCUUAACAUGGAGGAUAUAUUUGUUCAUGAAAGCAACCAGCUUCAAGCCAGUUACAUUCAACUAAAAGAUUUGAGGGACAAUUGCAAGAUGGAUCUGGAGCGGAUAACAGGGAUGCCUUCAAAGAGAUAGGAGUGUGCUUGCAAUGUUUCUUAUGAAUGUAAGAUCUCCCUGCUACUCUAAUUUCCAGCAACUUGUAUUUGUAUGUUUGCACAUGCAUUUGCCUAUAACAACAUUAUAUAGCUUCUUUCGUUAUCCUUAAUGUGUUGUCAAAAACUGUAAAAUGUAUGAUCUCAGUUUAUGAUUCCUUUUGUUUUCUAA